AGAGGGGCUGCGUGACGUCAGUGAAAGGCUGGAGCGGAAAAAAAUGGGGAGAAGAUUGCGAGUGCCUGGAGUCCAACAUGUUCGAAUGUUCCAAUGUAUAGAACUCUCUCUCCCACUGCCCUCUGUGCACGAGCACUAACGCCACGUGUUGCUGAUUGGCUGGAACAAUAACUUCGACAGGGGAACCCUGGAAGAUGAAGUGAAAAGACCAGUUGAAUGUUGCCACUAUGUGUGGUUGUGUGACUGAGCUGGGCGCCACCAUUGCACAUGGGAUCUCUCUUCCUCCCCCUGAUUUGCUGUAGUCACCCUGUUUUCACCAUGAGAGGAUCUGUCAGGUGCGUGACCUCUGUGCCCCCAUACUGGCGCCUCCGUUGUGCUGCGUGAGCGCCCCCUCUCCUCCGGCAGUUACUGCACGGAAUGGCCUCUCUGGACCUGCCAUACCGCUGUCCUCGCUGCGGGGAGCACAAGCGCUUUCGAAGCCUGUCAUCCUUACGUGCCCACCUGGAGUACAAUCACACGUACGAGACCCUCUACGUACUCUCCAAAUCCAACAGUGUAUGUGACGCCGCUGCUCUGCUGCCCCUAGUGGCUGAGGGAGCUCUUCUCACACCUGCCAACAAUAACGACCCCUUCGAGCCCCUGCGGCCUUCAGCUUUAAAGGAGCGGCGAUUCCCUUGCCGUGAGCUUCCUUGUGCGGACGACCUUAGUUUGACCCCUGCUAACUCCAACACUGCCGCCAGGUAUAUUCCCAAUGUGGAAUUUCCCCUGGGGGAGAUUUUCAUGAAGAAAGCGAUGACAUCCGCAGACCCGGGUCCCCAUGGAAACCCCAGCACAGCUGUAGCAGUGGCAGCUAAUGUAGCGGCCAGUGCAGUGGAGGCAGCCUAUGAGGAAGGCCUGGCCAGGCUGAAGGCGCGGGCGUUUGAACGGCUGGAGUUGGAUGAAAGGCUGGAGAAGCUGUCUGAAGAGGUGGAGCAGAAAAUAGCGGCCCGCGUAGGUCGUCUACAGGCAGAGCUGGAGAGGAAGAGCUCUGAGCUGGACCGGGCCAAGCAGGAGAGUGAGCGGCUGAGUCAGGAGAAACAAGACCUGGAGGAUAAGGCCUCCGAGCUCUCCCGGCAGGUGGACGUCUCUGUGGAAAUGCUAGCUAACCUCAAACAGGACCUGGUGAACAAGGAGGAGGAGCUCAAUCACAAACAACAGGAAGUCGCCCAGAUUGACCAGUUCCUUCAGGAGACGGCGGCACGUGAAGCCAACGCCAAGGUUCGGCUGCAGCAGUUCAUUGAGGAGCUGCUGGACCGGGCUGACCGCGCUGAAAAACAGCUGCAAAUCAUCAGCAGCUGUGGCACCACACCGAACGGCAGCCUGGGACGCUGCAGCCUCCAGGCCUCAAAGGGCAAUGGACGCCAGAGAAACUCCAGCCUCUCUGGGAGCACAAGAGGCAUGUACCAAGUGUCAGAAAGACGUUCCUCGCCCAGCACAGGAGCAUCAGGACGGAUCAAGUCUGUCUCACAGGGCUCUGGAGGUUACGACAGUGACAGCGUUGAGAUGCAUCCCAUGGAGGAGUGUCCCGAGGCUCAGUACUAUCACAUGCAGUGUCGAAUGGGUGAGGGGGGUUACGAGCGGUCCCCUGGAUGUGGCGUUGGCGGAUCAAGGAACUGGGGUCUUCGUAAACAGGCUAUCCAGAACUGGCAGCGGCGGCCUUACAGGAACAGCACUGAAGGUGAGGAAGGGGACGUGUCAGACGUAGGCUCCCGGACCACCGAGUCUGAGAUGGAGAUGUGGGAACAAGAGAGGAGAGCUGUGGCUGAAGUCCAGCAAUCUGCCGCUCCUUAUCCUCACCACGGCAGGGCAGGAUAUCGCCCUAACACAGGUCGGUCUGAUGGGGUCUACAACAAGCCAUGCCGCCAUGAAAAGAGCCCGUCCAAAUCCAACGAGGUGAUCAGUCCAGAGAUCCUGAAGAUGCGUGCUGCUCUCUUCUGCAUCUUCACCUACCUGGAUACAAAAACGCUGCUGAGAGCUGCUGAGGUCUGCCGUGACUGGAAGUUUGUGGCUCGUCACCCAGCUGUGUGGACCAGAGUGCUGCUGGAGAACGCCCGCAUUUCUUCCAAGUUCCUGAGCAUAUUGUCUCAGUGGUGCACUCAGACACACUCCCUCAUCCUGCAAAACCUCAAACCAAGACAGCGGGGCAAGAAGGAAACCAAGGAGGACUACCUUAAAAGCACACGUGGCUGUCUGGAGGAAGGUCUGGAGGCGUUGUUAAAGGCCACAGGAAGUAACCUGCUGAUACUGAAGAUUUCACACUGCCCCAACCUGCUGACCGAUCGCUCCCUCUGGCUGGCAAGCUGCUACUGCCGAGCUCUGCAGGCUGUAACCUACAGAAGCGCAACAGAUCCAGUUGGCCAGGAGGUGAUCUGGGCCCUCGGAGCAGGCUGUAGAGACAUCAUCUCCCUACAGGUGGCGCCACUACACCCAUGUCAACAACCUGCUCGUUUCAGUAACCGAUGCCUGCAGACGAUUGGAAGAUGUUGGCCACACCUCCGUGCUCUUGGUGUAGGCGGAGCUGGAUGUGGCAUCCAGGGGCUGGCCUCUCUAGCGAGGAACUGCAUGCGCCUGCAGGUGCUGGAGUUGGAUCAUGUGAGCGAGAUCAACCAGGAGGUGGCAGCAGAGGUUUGCAGAGAGGGCUUGAAAGGUCUGGAGAUGCUGGUGCUCAGCUCCACGCCAGUCACCCCCAAAGCCUUGCUCCACUUCAACAGCGUUUGCCGCAACCUGAAGUCCAUUGUGGUUCAGAUUGGCAUAGAAGACUACUUUGAGGACCCCAACAGCCCUGAAGCUAGAAAAUUGUUUGAUGAGAUGGUUAACAAGCUGCAGGCUCUGAAGAAGAGACCUGGCUUCUCCAAAAUCCUCCAUGUGAAAGCAGACAGCCUCUGCUAACGUCUUUUGUGCAGAUGCUUCGAGUCUUGAAGAAGCGCAAACUUGGCUCCAGUCAAUCAAAAAGACCCAGCUGUUUUGAGCCCACUCCAUGGGGUUUAAUACGUCUGCAGCACCGACAGAAACAACAGAAGAACGCCAUGAACCUGGAUGAACCAGGGCCGAGGCUCAAUGUGCAUCCUCCACCAGUACAAAAAUCAAACAGAAAAACUCAUUCACUAUUCAGUAAGGGUACAUCAAAAUCUCCUUCAUGCCGGUUAUGACUGAAACCCAGUCAGGAGGCAUAUUUGGACUAACAAUGGCACUAUAUAUCAAACUAAGGUCCUGUCUUAGACUUUACAGGCUCAAAUAACCCAACAAAACUGUCAGAUUCCUCUUUCUCAGUCGUGUUUUGCGUUCACCAUAAAAAUGGAUCGUGUCACUGCACAGAGCCAGAUCCCUUUCUUGAAACGCCUGGAGCCAGGUGACAGCGCUGUAUUUAACUGUCUGCAUCCACACAAUGCUUGACAUAUACUUGAGACUACCUUCAGCACCAACAGCUCGUGGGCAGGAGCACAUUUUCAAGCAUUCAUACUUUCUACAGACGUACAAGGUUAAAAGUCUUGCGACAGCAGCUUUUUUGUUUGCGUGUGAGCGGAUGUGCAAAUGCAUACAGUCCAGGAAUGAAUUAAAUGGCUUUCAUCCUGCCUGCCCUGCACUAAUGUGUGUUUAAACUGGACAACAGACAACCUUCAACACUUACUGCUUCCACCCACAACAGAAACAUGCUGCACCAGCUCCAGGCACAACAGAGAGAGCAAGGACAGCACUCCCUGUAACACACAGACCUUGACAGUCUUCUGGCUGCAUGGCAGAGAUGCAUUUAGCCUCCUCUACCAUCCUCUGCUUCCUCACAUGAACAGCAUCAUGUCCCAAACCUGGACUCAGUGUUUUGAUGGUUAUAGUAUCUCUAGACCUGUUCAUAAGCGAGAACAGGAUGCAGUAUCUGAUUCUACUCACUCACAAGGCUGGAAGAUGAUUCAUAAUGCAUUUCUCUCAAAACCUAGUGCCAUUUGUAACAGUGUUUGUCCUCAUUCCAGUGAGCAUUUUUCUCCAAUGUGCCAUUAAUGAGGGAAGAGGGACCAUGUAAGGAAGAUUUUUACUCAAAACUAGCUUAUGUUUCAUUGAGUGUAAACAGUUCUUACUGAACAUAAGGGUGUUGUGUGUCAUAUCAAACAUGGUCUCCAGGUAUAUACGAUAGAUGUUAGUGUUUAUAUAUCAUGUGAGUUUCAUACUUUCUCAUACUAAAUAGUGCCAUUCCUAUUAAUAGUGCUUGUCAUGGCUGAGGCCCUGAACAAUCCUUAUUUAUAUUUUUCAGCUGGCAGCCUCUGGCUCCCUCUGCUGGUUUUUCCAAGCACCUACACAGCCAACGGACAGCUGGUGUGAUAAUCCACUUUGUACUCUUUGCAGGGCAGAACAUGUGUCACCUUUGCCGUUUUGGUCAUUGGUAUCACAUACAAAUUUACAAAUUUGAUUUGUUGCAAUGCAUGGCUAUGUUGCAGACAUUUUCAAGCAGUAUGAGUAGCGAUACUUACUGUGGGGACACUUAGCGUGCACUCCCCUGUGUUGCAGAUAACGUAAAGGGGGUUCCAACAGUUUUACACAUCAAGAUCAGUUUAUAUUUCAUGAGGAGUACUACUCAGCCCAGCCUGUGAAAACGGCUGUAUACUGUCUGCUGCGGCUCUGGAGGAGCUUUGGCAUGUCUGAGUAAGUAGCCCUCAUAAUGCUAUAUCUCGGAAUACAGAAACCUUCAUUCAAAGCUGUGGGCAUGUAGAUAAAAAUGUGUGGAAAGAUGCAUUUACAAUGCAAAGAGGGUCUAUAGAAAUGAGAAGGGUAGGAGCUUGACCCAAACUAGGGACCAAAAGUCAGGAUUUGCUGCAUCAGUCUCUUGCGAGUCCCCAAACAUUUUGAAAGUGCAAUACACAAUCACCGCUUGAGUACCCUUUUAAACAGAGCUCGCCUUAGACGCUUACAAUCACUUUGACUUUGCGCACACGCUUUCGAAACAGGUUGAGAAAUGAUUCACACAUCAGGCAGAACGUCCUGUCCCUUCCCUUAAGACACACUUGUUCAUUUUACCUGGCACACCUCAUUCAGCACAAGGCAACUAGCCCUGUCACAACACACCAUCACAUCCAUGGGCGGAGUGUGCAACAGAGCAAGGUGAAGGGUCCCUGGAAUGCCAAGCAGACGUGUGUGGCAUGUAGGGAAAAAAACUGACGAGGAAAGCUGUGAGCUGUUAUUUUCGGUGUCUGAUUCAUAGUCAAAAAUGUUUAUGAGGACUUGUGUAGCUGCAUAUUGUAGUGAUGAUGUUCCAGGUCAAUAUGUGAGAACAGCUGUGGGUGUGGCAUUUCUUCAUGUUCUUCCAGUACUGCAUAUUAUUAACCUACACUGGUACUGAUUGUCCACUUGGUUUCAUUGAGGGAACGAUGUUUGUGGGAAAGAUGUAUAACUUUGCUGACACAAUAGAGAAAACACAACAGCACUUAAUGAUUUUGAGUUUUAGACAAUCCUGCCUUCACUAUCAGCUACUCUGUACAUAAUGUUUGUAAAAAAAAAACAAGAAAAAAAAAAAGGACCAACAUUUGAUGUUAUAAUAUUAAGGUUAUACUUAUGAGUGGAAAAAUGAAAGUUUACAGGUUACAUUCUGUAAGCCUUUUCUCUCCAAAGUUGAAUGAAAGAUAGAGAAUUAUAUUAUGUAUAACAGUAGUGUUGAAAUUGCAGUUGUGUAUUAGAUACUUUAUAUUAAAUGUGCAUCAGAGUCAUAUAGAGAUGGAAAUUAUUUAAGAAGAGGAUAAAGAUGAUAAUUCAGCUAUUUAUUUCUAUAAAAAAAAGAGCGAUGUGUAUAAUGUUGGCAUGUUUGUGUUCAAGCAUCAAUCAUUAAGUUGCCUUCUUAACUGUUCUGCUACUGUGAAAUCUAUUAGAUGUUUUAAGAGCUUUGAUUGCCUGCAGGUUAAUAACGUUUCACUUUAUUUGAUCCAGUCUGUUGUUGCACUAGUGAGAAAAAAAAAAGAAGAUAUUUCAGAUGUUUAUUAUAAGAGUGUUGUUUCUAAUGUUCAGCUAUUUCUCAGUAUUUGACAAAAUGUGAUGCACUUUUUCUCCUGAACACUUUUAUUGGUCCGUCGUCGGUCAGUUUAGUCAGAAACGACACUGGUUUCUGUCGGCAGGAUGCCUGGCGGCGUUUUCUGUUUCUGUGGUAAGAAGCCAACUGUUUCUUACAUGUUCGGUUUCAUGGAAAGAAGAUUUUGGAAACACAGCAAUUACAUAUGAACUUCUAUGACUGA